UACCGAGAAAUGUCAAAUCCCAUCGCAGUGACCAUACUGGCCAUGAGCUUAGGUCUGGUAGCUGGCUGGACAUCCCCGUACUUGGCCAAAUUCACGAGGAAGGAAUCGAGCAUUUCAAUAACUGAGACCGAGGCAUCUUGGGUGGCUUCAUUGUUACCAUUGGGACGACUACUCGGUGCAAUUUGUGGUUCACUAGCUGCGGAAUACCUUGGUAGUAAAAUAUCUCUAGUACUUGCAGGAUUCCCAUUGAUAAUCAGUUGGAUUUGCGUAAUAUGUGCGACAUCGGCCCCAUGGCUUUACCUUUUCAGAAUUUUUGCCGGUACGUCCUUGGGUAUGUUCCUUAGUUGUUUCCCAAUGUUCAUUGGUGAAAUAUCAGCAGCACAUAUACGUGGUGCCUUAGUCGGUCUAGUGAUUAAUGGUCUACCCAUUGGCACUCUGAUUGGAAACAUAAUGGGUCCCCAGAUGUCGAGCAAGUGGUUUGGUGUCAUUAGCCUCCUGGUGACUUCGGUUUACGUUCUAACGUUCCCAUGUCUACCCAAAUCACCAUACUACUUGAUACGACGUAAUUCCAUGGAGAAUGCGGCAAAGUCUAUUCGUUUUUAUCAUAGAAAAUCAGACAUAAUAGAUGAAAUGAACGAGAUCGAGAUGUUUAUCAAGGAUUCGGAAGUCGUAACAUUUCGAGGAAGACUCAAAUUAAUGGCCGAACCAAAAAAUCGACGCGCAUUUCUUAUCAUCGUGAUACUCUUCUUUUUUAUGCAAUUCAGCGGACUCAAUUCUAUGAUUUUUUAUAUGGAAAUUAUCGUUCGUAACGCCAAAGUCACGUUUAUAUCACCGUCAACCGUAGUGAUAAUCGUUAGCAUAAGCGGUAUAAUUUAUGGCUGGAUAAGUAUUUACGCUAUCGAUCGUUAUGGAAGAAAAUUUCUUUUAACCGUUUCGAGUGUCAGCGUCGCUAUCAGUAUGAUUAUGUUAGGAAUACAUUUCUAUUUAUUAAAAUCUGGUUACGAUUCUGAAAUCAUUCAACCGUUGCCAAUACUAUCUUUAUUAAUAUUCUCGAUGUUUUGCAUUGGUUUAAUUCCUGUACCGAGUCUACUACUUGGCGAACUUUUUCCAAUAACUCUAAAAACCAUAGCAGGUUUUAUCGGCAGUUUUGUAUCAGCAUGUUUUGCUUUCAUCUCUAGUAAAACAUUUCAACCAUUGGUGGAUCUAGUGACGGAGCAAUACGUCUUCUGGAUGUACGCGAGUAUAAUGGUCUUUUCUAUUUUCUAUUCUAUCUUCUACGUACCCGAGACAAAGGGAAAGACAUUGAAAGUAUAUCGCAUACUGAAACUGAAUUUUAUCUCUAAGUUUUUAUUGCCACCUCUCAUACCGUCUUUAAAUUACGAUCUUUUGCAAACAGGAAAUUCAAGUAUUGCUUGAGAUAAGAAACUGUCACGUUGAUAGAAGAAAUCAAACAACCG